CAGUGGGGGCGUAGGGCGAGGACGAGGGCUACAGGAACGGCGCUGAGCUGUCAUUGUUGUUAUCGAACUGUGUCAGCGUUGCUUUCUGGCGUGGUGCCCCCAAUCAACGUUCUCCGCCAUGCACCUGGCUUGCAGUAUUCUCCGGGUCUCCAUUGCUGCCACGAAGGACGUUUGUGCCGUGUUCAGCGAAUGGCGCAAAGCGGAUGGCGCAGAGUGUGUGUGUGUGUGUGUGUGUGUGUGUGUGUGUGUAAUCAUCUGGCAUGCCAGGCUCGUUGUCAUCGUCAGUCCCCGUCGGGUCGGGCAAGUCUCGGUCUCAGACUCACUCACUCUCUUGGUGCCGGGCUUUACUCUCCGGUGCAUCGUCGCCCUAGUCUGUGAUGGUUUUUUAAUUUAUUUUUUGUUUUUAUUCUUAUCAUGGCUGGAGUGCCGUGGUCGCGUUGUAGCGCUGGGUUUUACCCGACCGAGACCCGGCCAAUCAGGUUCCCGACGUCGACUUUGCCUCAGGACCCAUAUUGAACUGGGAGGGUGCACCAGGGAAGGCAGCACACAGCUCGCAAAGGCAGGAGCGCCGGAGGGCAGAGCGAGCAUAGCAAAACAGAAACAGAAACAGCGGCAGCAACAGCGGCAGCAGCGCUAAGGGGGUGCAGAUGCGAUACUGCAGUUGUUGCCCACCCCUGCCACCCCUGCCUCUGCUGCCACUUCCUGGCUGACGCCUCCUUCUCCUUUGUGGUUCUUCCUGCUGGUUGACGCGCGCACCUGGUCAUCUCCUUCCUCUCCUUCCUCUGCU